UGAUGUUGAUUACCGGGCUAAAUGACUCCCAGUCCUCGCGACCCGUGGUAUAAGUCAUGUACGACCUAAACAUCUCAUUGGCUGCGAGAACACUUUCCAAUUCGGGCGGCUGACUGCAAGGCUAUUUCGUUUCAAAGUGUUCUUUGAGAUUCGAGCGCCUGCAACAAGAUCCGACCAUGCUGAGGAGUAGCAAUCAUCGUGCCAUUUAUCAGGGGGAAGACGGGAGACCGCGCGGCGGCGUCCUGGCUGGCACGCGGGAGAGGAAGCGUCUUUCCCUCUGUAUCAAUCAGGAGGAAGGAAAGCGGUGCCACAGGUUCUGCAACAGGAGCGCUGGACAGGACGUUGCCUGGAUGGAGAAUUCCCAUAGAAACCAUCACGCCCGGAGUGAUGGAGAGGACAACAGCGUGUACCGGAGAGAGCAGCAGCGCUCCUGGGAGACUAACGUGGUCAUAAUUCAGAGGGCCUGGCGUGCCACCCUGGACCGUAAGCAGAGCUGGCACAGGGCGUACCACCGCCGUACGCAUCAUCAACAUGAGACGGCCCCGCUGGACCCGUUCCCGAGCACUGCGGGCAUGGAGGGACUGGGACAGGACAUGUCUACGGAGGACCUGAAGCAGCUCCAGAAUGAACUGAAGCAUGUGAGUGAUGGAGGAUACCAGCUGCACAAUCAGCAGCUGAUGGACUUUGAGAAUAACCUGGCGCAGACUGUGGCCGGCAUGCAGCCUCUGGAGGCCAAAGUGUUGAUUAUCCAGCGAGCCUGGCGAGACUUCAUCCAGCGGCAGGACGUCCUGCCGAACGGCUGCCUGGACAAGCGCAGCCCCUCCCCCCCGUCCCUGUCCUCCUCCGGGAAGAUGAGCACCUCCAUCAGCAUGACCACGCUGUCGGACGGGAGCACACCUGAUUAUCGGGAGGAUGGGAUGGACCUGGGCAGCGAUGCCUCCAGCCGCUCCAGCUCUGAGUCCAACUCAAACAAAGUGACGCCGUGCUCGGAGUACAAGUCCUCCCCCAGCCUGGACCUGGCCACCCUGGAGGACUACGAGGAGGACGAGGACUUCCAGGAGUACAAGAAGAAGGUGAUCGAGGAGUGGGAGAGCGAGUACGGCGAGGGCGGGGACAGCGGGGAGGAGAACCUGGGCGGCGGCGGCGGCGGCAGCGAUGGCGGAGACAGGAAGCCGGUCAACAGCCGCAGCCUGGCGGAGGAGUUCCAGGACGCUAAGACCCCGCCCUCUGCCCUGAUUGGCCAGACGGCCACCGCCGUGGCCGCCGUGCCUGAGGAGCUGAAGCAGAACGGCAACGUCAUCGCCCCCACCGGUCGCCACCUGCCCCCGCUCCCCGUGGGCAAGGCCACGCCCAAACCGGGCCAGCGGCUCGGGGGCGGGGCAGGGGGGCGGGGCUCCGGAGAGGAGCUCACAGGGACCCUCCCCUCCGAGGAGGCGCAGCUGCCCACCAUGGACUGGGCCGCUCUGGAGAGGCACCUGGCUGGCCUGCAGUGUCGGGAGCAGGAGGCCCACAACCAGAACCUGGGGAGGAGCAACUACACCUCCGCCCAGAAGAAUGAGAGAGAGUCCAUCCGGCAGAAGCUGGCGCUGGGCAGCUUCUUCGACGACGGGCCAGCGAUCUACACCAGCUGCAGCAAGAGCGGGAAACCCAGCCUGUCCUCCCGGCUUCAGAGUGGGAUGAACCUGCAGAUCUGCUUUGUUAAUGACAGUGGCAGCGACAAAGACAGUGAUGCCGACGACAGCAAGACAGAGACCAGCCUGGACACUCCACUGUCCCCCAUGAGCAAGCAGAGCUCAUCCUACUCAGACCGGGACACCACAGAAGAAGACUGCGAGUCCCUGGAGGACAUGGACUUCUUGAGCCGGCAGAAGAAGCUGCAGGCGGAGGCCAAGCUGGCGCUGGCCAUGGCCAAGCCCAUGGCCAAGAUGCAGGUGGAGGUGGAGAGGCAGAACCGCAAGAAGUCCCCUGUAGCCGACCUGUUGCCCCAUUUGCCCCACAUCAGCGAGUGUCUGAUGAAGAGGAGCCUGAAGCCCACGGACCUGAGGGGCAUGACCCUGGGGCAGCUUCAGGUCAUCGUCAACGACCUGCACUCGCAGAUCGAGAGCCUGAAUGAGGAGCUGGUCCAGCUGCUGCUGAUCAGAGACGAGCUGCACAUGGAGCAGGACGCCAUGCUGGUGGACAUCGAGGACCUGACCAGACAUGCGGAGAGCCAGCAGAAACACAUGGCUGAGAGAACCCCGUCCAAAUGAGCGCUGUCUGCCUCACCCCACCCCGCCCCCCUCCGCCUCGCCCUCGCCCCGCCUAAACCUCCCCACCCCGCCCUCGCCCCGCUCCCCCCUGCCUCCGCUCC